UCGAUUUUUAUGAAUAUUUAUUGAUCAAUAAUGGCAUCUACAUCAAAAGCUCAGAAAAUGAUGGAUGAAUCUGACCUUAUGGACUACAUAAAAAAUUUUUCAGAUAUUAUAUCUGAGUCAGACUCCGACUUUGAUGUCAGCAUGUACGAAAGUUCAGAUGAUGAUGUGAUGACGAUAUGAUUUCUCCAAGCCUCUCUAAUAAUCAUAUGCAAUCUAGAAGUGAUGACGAUGAUGAGGACUAUCAGGAGGUUAUAUCUCCGGAGCAAUCUUCUUCACUUCCUUUUUCUUUCCUAGAUCUUGCUGGCCCUAAGCACAUGCCACCGCCAGAUUCACCUCCGAUUGCGUAUUUCAAUUUUUUUAUUACAAUGACUUUGCUCCAUCUGGUCGUAACGGAAUCAAACCAUUACGCACAACAAGUCAUAAAUGGCAUGGGGAAUAACGUACCGCCUGCUCUGAAGAACUGGACCAAAAUUUCGGUUUUAGAAAUAAAGGGGUUCCUAGCAUGUAUAUUGAACAUGGGAUUAAUCAAAAAGCCUACAAUAGCAUCCUACUGGUCCACUUCUUCCUCCCAAACCACUCCAUGGUUUGGUAAAAUGUUUCCAAGAACCCGCUUUUAUCACUUGUUACGUUUUUUCCAUUUUGUCGAUAACACUAAGUUAUCCAAGCCAGGGGAACAAGGAUACAAUCCUUGUGCAAAGUUUCAACCCCUGCUUGAUCAUGCUAACAGAGUGUUCCGACAUCACUACACGCCACACCAGCAAAUUUGUGUGGAUGAGAGCCUUGUAGAUACAAAAAAUAAAACCUCGCUCCUGCAGUACCUUCCAAAAAAACAUCAUCAUCAGUGGGGCAUAAAAUUUUGGAUGCUGUGUGACUCAGUCUCUAAUUACUGCUUGAGUUUUUUCACUUAUAGAGGGGCCAGGACUCAGCAGGAAAAGGACAUCAAUUCUAAAUUUGGUCUAGGAUACAGCGUCGUACCUCAAAAAAGGCUAUCAUCUUUUUGUAGAUAAUUUCUUCAUGUCGGUUCCUCUUGUUCGACAUCUAUAUACAAUGGGUACCUACAUAACUGGCACUGUUCGAUGAAAUCGAAAAUACCUGCCCGCCCCACUAAAAUCGUCGAAGUUUUCCGUGGGCCAAACAUCUUAUUUUAGAUCCGGGCCGUUGUUAGCCUGUGGAUUCAGAGAAAAAGCAUCUCAAAAAGUUCCAGUCUUGCUACUAUCCAGCCAUGCGAGGGCGCGUGCAAAAGAAAUUGUUAAGCGUAAUGUAACUAAGUCAAAGCCAGAAAUAAUAUUAGAAUACAAUAAAUUUAUGGGUGGGGUCGAUACGUCAGAUAUGAUGUUAUAUGCGUACUUGGAUGAGAGAAAGACCGUGAAAUACUGGAAGAAAGUUGGGUUCAACAUCAUAGGCAGGAUGGUGUUGAACUCAUAUAUAUUAUACAAAGAAAAUUUUGGAGGCCCAGGAAAGCUAAAACCCAGGUACGCCUUUUACGUAUCAAUAAUAGAGAUCUUGGAGGCGGAAUGGAUGGCGACCAAACAACAACCUGAAGAUCCUCAUCCUCUAGGACCAAGAGAUUUGCGAAAAUUGCCAGCAAAAAAAGAAUCUAGAUGCUGUGUUUGCACUAGUUUAGGCCUAAAAAGAAGAUCGAGAACAAUAUGUACGCACUGUUUGAAAGGAUUACAUCCUGAAUGUUUUCCAAAACAUCAUUGCUGAUAGGAUAAGUAU